GGCGGCGGCGGCGGCGGCGGCGGCGGCGGCGGCGGCGGCGGCUCCAGCCUGCGCGGCGCGGGGCUCGGCGGCGGGGAGAUCCGGCAGCGGUGGGAGCUCCGCGCUCCGGGGCUCGCUCCCCGCCGCGGACAGCCGAAGGGCGCAGCGCGGAGCCCCGGCGGCCCGAGGGCGCGAGUCCAACUUUGUCGCAUCAUCCUGCCCCCUUGGUUUUGGAAGUUGCGGGCAAGAGUCUGGUGCGGAGGAGACGGUUGGUGGACGUUGAUGUGCUCGGUGAGCGGCCGGAGGUGAAGAGAUGGCCGCUCCAGUGCCCUGGGCCUGCUGUGCCGUGCUGGCCGCCGCCGCCGCUGUGGUCUACGCGCAGAGACACAGUCCACAGGAGGCCCCGCACGUGCAGUACGAGCGUCUGGGCUCCGAUGUGACGCUGCCAUGCGGGACAGCGAGCUGGGACAUGGCGGUGACCUGGCGGGUGAACGGGACAGACCUGGCAGCGGACCUGCUCAAUGGCUCCCAGCUGGUACUCCGGGGCCUGGAGCUGGGCCACAGCGGCCUCUACGACUGCUUCCACCGGGACUCUUGGCACCAGCGGCACCAGGUGGUGCUGCACGUGGGUCUGCCCCCGCGGGAGCCGGUGCUCAGCUGCCGCUCCAACACUUACCCCAAGGGCUUCUACUGCAGCUGGCACCUGCCGGCGCCCACCUACAUCCCCAACGCCUUCAACGUGACCGUGCUGCAUGGCUCCAAGCUCAUGGCCUGUGAGAAGGACCCGGCCCUCAAGAACCGCUGCCACAUCCGCUACGUGCACCUGUUUUCCACCGUCAAGUACAAGGUCUCGGUCAGCGUUGGCAAUGCCUUGGGCCACAACGCCACGGCCAUCACCUUCGACGAGUUCACCAUCGUGAAGCCGGAUCCUCCGGAGAACGUGGUGGCCCGGCCGGUGCCCAGCAACCCUCGCCGGCUGGAGGUGACGUGGCAGAACCCUUCCACCUGGCCUGACCCUGAGUCCUUCCCGCUCAAGUUUUUCCUGCGCUACCGACCCCUCAUCUUGGACCAAUGGCAGCACGUGGAGCUGUCAGACGGCACCGCGCACACCAUCACAGAUGCCUACGCCGGCAAGGAGUACAUCAUCCAGGUGGCCGCCAAGGACAAUGAGAUCGGCACGUGGAGCGACUGGAGCGUGGCUGCGCAUGCCACGCCCUGGACAGAGGAGCCCCGACACCUCACCACAGAGGCCCAGACCCCCGAGACCACGACCAGCACCAGCAGCUCACUGACGCCCCCACCCACCACGAAGAUCUGUGACCCUGGGGAGCUGGGCAGCGGCGGCAGCCCCUCUGCGCCCGUGGGCAUGAGCGUCCCUGUCACUCUGGCUCUUGCCACCGCCGCCGCCACCGCCGCCAGCAGUCUCCUGAUCUGCAGAGCCGGCUUCCCCGCCAGGACAGGCCAGAGGCCAGCGCACCUGCGGAGGAGCAGAGGCCGGAGCUGAGCCCGCAGACCCCGUUUCUAUUUUGCACACGGGCAGGAGGGCCUUUCUGCAUUCUCUUCAGACACAAUUUGUAGAGACCCCGGCAGGCCCGGGCCUGCCAUCCCCCUGACCUUCACCCCCGCCCCCACCAGGCCCUCACCCCUCCCUCGGGAGAAGAGGGCCAUGCAGCUAACCCACCCACCAAAGACCAUCUCCCACCCCCUCGGGCUGGACCCUCCAAUGCCAGCGACUCCCAGGAGCCCAUGGGGGGCCUGAGGGGAGCCCCCCAUCUAGUCUCGCCCUUUACCCCCGCCUCCUGUCUGCCCCAGGGUCUCUGUUGCCACCAUCCGAUUAUAAGCUCCUGACGCUGGGGGGUCUCAGCCACCCCCUCCCCCCAGCACCCACACUUUUCAGUGCCCCGCCCUGUUUUGUAUACCCCUCUCCUCUCUCAGCUCCCGCCCGACAGUAUUUAAUGCCCGUCUGUUCCCUCCCGUCUGACUCAAUGGUAACUUGCUGUAUUUGAAUUUUUUAUAGUUGUAUAUACAGGGGUGGGGUGGGGGCCAGGGGUUCUC